CGACAAUUACAGCCUCAAACCGAUAGAACAAUUUUCGACAUUCUUUACAGAAACAGACACAAAAAGUCACCGACUGUGUCCGUUUCCUCCGUUCUUGUCAGAACACGGAGGUGCUGCUCCCGGUUCGGCCCCGGUGGACCGGGUCGGGGGCGUCUUUGGAGGGACUACUUUGUGUCGGAUGGCGGUGCUGCGCCUUUCUCUCUCUCCCCCCGGUGCUAGGCCGCCAUCUUGAAUUUUAAUGUUAAUUUCUAAAAAAAUGUGUUUGCUGAGAUAUUUUCCUUUUCAGGGUAUCAGGCUCGGAUCCGUGUGAAGAACCGCGGCUCUGCGUGACUGAAUAAACCGGUUUGAAACUCUGGAUCCCCGUCUUCCCCACUCAAGAGCGUUUCUUCAUCUCGGAGACUAAAUGCAACUGGACCAGGGGGCUUGUGGGCAUGAAGUGGCUGGGCGAAUCCAAGAACAUGGUAUUAAAUGGCAGACGACACGGAAACAAGUUGACCAGCGAGCAGCCGGUGAGCCAGAGCCAGACUCGCUCCCAGCAUCCUCAGCGAGCGUCGCUGCGACACAGCAAGACUCACCCCAGAAACCGGAGAUGUAGCCGCAGGUUUAAUGCAGCCAGUCUGGAGGCCGAGCGGCGCUACGUGCCGUCCUCAGGAAUGACCGCCAAGGAGCUCUGUGAGAACGAUGACCUGACCACCAGCCUCAUCCUGGACCCCUACCUGGGCUUUCAGACCCACAAGAUGAACACCAGAUUCCGACCGGUCAAAGGGAGGCAGGAGGAGCUGAAGGAGAUCAUCGAACGCUUCAAGAAACACGACAACCUGGAGAAGGCCUUCAGAUCUCUGACCACAGGGGACUGGUCCAGAAACCUGUUCCUGCACAAGACCAAGGCUCAGGAGAAGCUCUUCAAGCAGCAUGUGUUCGUUUAUCUGCGGAUGUUCGCCACCGACAGCGGCUUCGAGAUUCUUCCCUGUAACCGCUACUCAUCGGAGCAGAACGGAGCUAAAAUCGUGGCGACGAAGGAGUGGAAAAGGAACGAUAAGAUCGAGUACCUCGUCGGCUGCAUCGCCGAGCUGUCGGAGAGCGAAGAGAACCUGCUGCUGCGACACGGAGAGAACGACUUCAGCGUCAUGUACUCGACCCGAAAGAACUGUGCUCAGCUGUGGCUCGGACCUGCUGCAUUCAUCAAUCACGAUUGUCGACCAAACUGUAAGUUUGUGUCGACAGGACGAGACACGGCCUGUGUGAAGGUUCUGAGGGACAUCGAACCUGGAGAGGAAAUCUCGUGUUACUAUGGAGACGGGUUUUUUGGGGAGAACAAUGAGUUUUGUGAAUGCUAUACGUGUGAAAGACGGGGAACUGGUGCUUUUAAAUCCAAAGCUGGGCUACCAGUGGAAGUACCGGUGAUCAACAGCAAGUACGGGUUGCGGGAGACGGACAAACGUCUGAACAGGCUGAAGAAGCUCGGAGAAGGAAACCGGAGCUCCGACAGUCACUCUGUGGGCUCCCACACCGACGUAGACUCUCAGGAAAUGCCAAAAACACAUCAAUCUGCCAGAAAAAGAACAUCAUCAUCUUCAUCCUCAUCUGGCCUGAAGUAUAAAAACAGGACUCAAACCAGACAGACUUUGUCCAGAGCCCUUUCUACCUCAUGUUCAAAACAAGGUCGUGUAAACAAUAACAGGGUACCAAAGAGACUAAAAUCCCAAUCCAAGCCUUCACUAAGUAAAGUCCAGUUGCGGAGUCGCAGGAGGGCGGCGGAGCCCAAGACGUCGGCCAAAGGAGAGACUUGCCAGCUGGGUCUCAGGGACUCGAAGGUGUCGCUGUGUAAAGGCGUCACCGUCAAGAAGGAGAAGGACGGUCAGGAUCCGGUCCAGCCGGCGCCGGGCCAGCGGGGCUGCAUCACCCGGCACGCCGCCAAGGAGAACGGCAACGUGGCAGCUGUUCAGAGCAGCGAGGGCAGCCAGUGUUCCAUGUACAGAACUCGCAGGUCCACACGGACGCUUGUAAAAGCCCAGGAAACGGCGGGUGGCAUUAAGCUGGAGCCCAGCGCCAUGGACGGCCUGAGCCCUGUGCCCGGAGGAGUCGUCAUCAAGACGGAGCCGGCCGACAUGGAGGAGUACCUCCACCACGGAGUCGCUCUGGAGCAGCCGGCUUUGGACGCCGGCUACGCCAGGAGAGGCUCACGGACCAGACGGAAACGGCCGACGCGACUCCGGACCGAGCGGACGAUUAAAUGCGAGGACUCGUACGGCGAGCCGUUCAUGCCGGUGGCCAGCAGCCACACCGCCAGCUUCUCAGAAUGUGGCAACGUGCUGCUGAGCUUCGCUGACCGGCACAGGGACUAUAACGGCGUCACCAACGGCAGCAAGUCCCUCCGCAGGGACAAGGGGAAGAGCAGCUGCCGGUCGCAGGACAAAGGGAAGAAGAAGCGGCGCAUCACGCGAUACGAUGCUCAGCUGAUCCUGGAGAACAACACGGGGAUCCCCAAACUGACGCUCCGCCGGCGGAGAGACAGCAGCAGCAGCAAGACCAACGACCCCGGAGACGCCAUCGCAUCCUCCAACCUCUCCCCCGCCGCUGUCAACUCGGCCUCCUCCAGCAAGAUCAGCAUCAAGUUCAGCAAAGACCACGACAAGGACAAAGGCAGCUCCUACAUCGCCAAGCUCAACAACGGCUUCGCCCCCGUCGUCCACGGCAACGCCACCAAGCUGAAGAUCCAGCUGAAGCGGGAGGACGAUGCUCGGAGAAUAUCCCACACUAAGGACCAGGUGUCCUACAACGGGGACAUGGCUCCGGGUCUGGAGGCCCGGAACGGAGGACAUCGGACCCAAAAGGUUCUGGCCGAGCCUUCGUCCGACGAGGACGACGAGGAAGGGGAGGAGGAGGAUGAUGACGACUACUUCGACAACGAGUUCGAAGACGAUUUCAUUCCACUUCCUCCGGCGAAGCGUCUGCGACUCAUCGUGGGUAAAGACUCCAUAGACAUCGAUAUCUCCUCCAGGAGGAGAGAGGAUCAGUCUCUGAGGCUCAAUGCAUAAGCUGUGGACCUUCUGUAAAUACCACGACCCGCUAAUCAACUGUUGUGUUGAUGUAAAAGAAGUACAGUAAUUUAAAUACAGAAAAUUGCUGAAAUUCAGACUCUGAAUGAACGUUACUAGAGGGUGCUGUUAACCUAAAACAAAUCUCUGUUCUUCACUUCAGUUGCUCAUCGACGCGUCAUUUUAGUUCUAUUAAUGCGACGUUUAUCACAUCCAUCAUGGCAGGAAUCACCCUCUUGUUUCUGAAUGACCUGAAAAGUGAAAACCGAGACUUUGUUUUAAGUUGAACUCUUCCUUUCAGUGAAUGCACUUGUUCUAUUCAUAAUGGACAUGGAUAUUGUAGAAAGUGUACAGUAUGGUGACUAUCCCCUCUGUCUCAUAGGCAGGUUUUUAUGGAUCCUUUGGUUUUUGUCUCAUAGUUUGUAAGUUUCUGUGGCGAGCAGGUCGGUCCAGAGCGAACAUCAGCCAAUCAGGUGCCACGUUCCCGUCAUCACAGCAGCUCUGAGUUCAAUCAGCAGGAAACAGUUUAUUCAUCCAGAUGUUUUAUCCACAUCAGGGCUGCAGUGAACCAAAGAAAACCUAGAAAGUCAUUCAGAUGCCAAACAGUUCAUUGAUAAACAUCUCCACCUGCAGCUUUAUUAUUCUAAAUAAUCAACAAACACUCAUACUUACGGCAUAUUAAAUCAUUUGAUGAUGAAAUUAAACGUUAAGAAGCGACUGGGAUAAUCCAGAUGUUGGUUGUUGAGCUGUUUAGAAAGUUGAUGCUCCACUUUUUAAACUAAAUGCAGAAACACCAGCAGCAUGGGUUAGUUUGACUACCAGUAACUGUUCAGUAAAAGUCUCCCUCAGGUUGGACCAGAACACCUGGAAAUCAUCGAUUUCAUCACAUUUACGUUUUAUUAGAAGAAACAUCACCUCCAAAAUCCCCAAUGUGCGUUUUAAAGUGAUGUUUGACAUAAAAAGCAGGAAAUUCUCUCAUUUAGGAGGCUGGAAUCAGAAUAUUUUUCACCGUUUUUUGACUGAAAAAUGACUGAAUGAAAACAACCAAUCAGAAUCUGGCGUUUUAGUCGAUCUGGAUGCUGCAGCUCAAACAGGAAGUGGUGUUUUUCUGCUGUAAUCCCGCUAAUUAAAGCUGCAUCAUCACCAGAAGUAAAAGCACACGAGGUCUUCUAGUGCGGUGGAGCUGCUCUGAGGAGGGAACGUGGAACCUGGUGGAAGGAGAACGUAACGUAGAGAAGGACGGGCUGAAUCAUCUCCACCGUCACGUUUAUCAAUCAGAGGUCUGAAGUCGUCGACACUAGAGUCUGAGGAGAAGCUUCCACUGAACUCUUCUAGUUAGGAUCAUGUACUUUCUCUCUGUGGUGCUACUUUGGUUUCCCUCAUCUGUUUCUCCGGUAACCGGUGGAUGGCGGCAGCAUUAACUUCAACGGAAACACAGCCGGCAGUGUUGUAGCGGCUUCACUUGUUUUUCUUUACAGGAGCACACAAGCAGACGGGCGACGGAUUAAAGGAAAAACCGUUUGUAGGUGUCGAGAUGUUCCUCUGACGUCGUGGAUGCAGCAGGUCAUCUGAGAUAAUCCAAACAAUAAUGUGGAUCGGUUUCUAGUGUCACAAAAGUUUCUCAUCUGUUAGCUGCACUUUCGUCUGUUUUUCUAAAUAAUGUACUAAUGGGGUUUAACCGUCUCAUAUUAUCGAUGUCUGUGAUCGUGGAUUGUUGCUGAAGCCUCGACACGUCCUGCGCUGACGUCAGCUGAGUUUUCACAACAGAUUUCUACCCGUGUUUUUAAUUUAUUGCACUAGAAAGUUAAUAAACUGCAGAAUAUUACAUGUGGCCGUUAAUGCAGGUCAUGUCGGAUGGGAACGAGAAUUCUGAACCGUCACGAAAGAAGCAGCAUUAAAUAUUCAGAAACCCUUCAACCCUCAUCAGAAUGAGGCUUGGACCUACAACAGAUUAUCGGUUUAAAAACUACAACAAUCUGUGAAAUUAAUAGUUUUUUCUGUCUUUUCGAUGCCCUCGUCCAGCAGGUUCUCCGUCGCUGACAUAAAGUUGUGUACUCGUAACAGAACAAACCUCCACUGUUCUGGUUCCUCCAUGGACCUGGAGUUACGGCCAGUAGAUGUUUUAGAUCUGCUCACAUCUUCUACUUCCAUGAAAACUCCUCACAGCUGCGUCCUUUCAUGUUUAAAGCUUCAUACAUCUGUUGAUUAUUAGAGGUUACAGAUGUUUUCAGCAGCAGAUCAAUAAACACCGAUGGCCUUUUCUCUCAUUUAGAAUUUUACCUCAUAAUUUAAGCACUUUGUUAUAAUUUAGGAUUUUUGUCCCAUAAUGUUUUAAUUGUAGCAUUUCUCUUUGCUUUCUGUCUCAUAAUUUUGGGUUUUUUUGUCCCAUUAAGUAGCCCUGUCGUCAUAAUUUAGGCGUUUUGUCUCAUGUUUUAGAUGUGUUGCCUCUUCAUUUAGGUGUUUUGUGUUGUUCUGUCUCAACUUAAGGUUCUCAUUUUGUCAUUUUGGGUUUAUUUUGUUGAAGCUGCUGGAUGAGGACAUUAUGGGCUGUUUCUCUAGUUUCCUCCUUGUGGCGGUUGUUGGUGAUCCAUCUCUUAAGUUGAACCAAUCAGCAUCGAGUUUUUUAGGGCGCUCAGCUGCAGUAACCCUUCAGUAGGAACUUUUUUCUCCUGAAGAGGUUCUAGAGGGACGGUUGUCGCAGUCGGAACAUUACAAAGGUUCAGGUGGCUCAGUUUUUCUUCUGUUUUCUGAUCCAUGAGCGUCAGACGACCACGUUCAGUUACUGAAGCUCCUGCCGUCCGAGCCCCAACACCCAGAAUAAAUCAGCCGCUCAGCGUUCAGCGCCUCAAACAUUUAAGUUUUUCCUUCAAUCUGUCGCCCGUCUGGACUUUCCAACAGCAUUCGGUGCCUUAAGGAGCGUUCGGACACAUUUCGACCAACAGCCAAUCAGCGGAGAGUGGAGAUGAGAAGCUUCCGUCAGUCUUUGUGUAAACUGUGGUUUGUUGAGCAGCAGAGCGAGGAUGAGCUGAAUGUGAACCCGUUUGUUGUGUUUCUAGUCGACAUCACCAGCAGCUAACCAUCACUGUAGACUCUUCGUCUGUGUCCCGUAGACCGCGGUCACCGUCUCCAAACGCAAAAGAGAAAAAAAAUCGAAACAAAUGUGAAUAGUUUGCAGACAUUUAGCGUGUUGCGUGGGUUAGUGGGAAACAUGUAAAGAGAAUUAAGGAUGGGCAGUGCGUAUAUUGUCCAAUAUGUAAAUCAUGUGAACACAUCUUGUACUUAUUUAACAGUUUUGAAUACUUGAAAACUAUAUAAAGUUUCUUUGUGA